UCUCAAAACAGAGCCCUUUUUUUUUAUCCCAAAAUAAGAAAAAAGAAUAUCAAAAUCCGCAACUGGGUCCAUCCCAAAUCGAUCCAAACCCUCCUCCUCGCUCGCGAGAUCCGAUCCUUUUUCCCCUGUUUCAAUCGACAUUUCUUCUUGGGUGGUUUUUUCUUUGUUUCUCGAUCUCUCUCGUUCUCUGCUUCCUCUGCUCCCCUGUUUCCUUCCCUGUUCUUGGAGAAGUGGAUCUCUCUCAAUGGAGCUCGGAGGAGACGAUAAGGAGCCCCAUUGCUGCAGAGCGUGUGGCAAGCGCUUCCCCUGCGGGAGAUCUCUUGGCGCCCACAUGAGGUCUCACUCGUCCCCAAUCUCCUCCUUCUCUUCUGAUGAUGAUGGUGAUUAUGAAUUUGCGAAUAAGAUGACGACGAGGGAUUGCACUAAUGGCGGAAGCAGCGUUACUACUAGUAGCAGUAGAACCUUCAUGGAGCUGAGAGCUUGCUUGCGGCUUCCGGAGCCGGCGGUGCCGCGCCGGGCGGCGACGCGGCGGCGGUCGCGGCGCGUGGCGUCGAUCGCGGCGGCUUCGGAGGUCGACGAGGAGGAAGACGUGGCACUUUGCCUCAUGAUGCUCUCGAGAGACUCCCUGAGCAAGCGUAGCUUCGCGCUGGAGCGUAAAGGAGAAGAGGAGUUCCCCGCGAAGCCGAAGAAGAGCACCGGAGGAGAAUCGGAGAAGAGAGCGCGAUUCGCGUGCCCCGAAUGCAACAGGCCCUUCCGCUCCUACCAGGCUCUCGGAGGCCACCGCGCCAAUCGGAAGCGGAUCAACGGCGCCGGCUGCUGCAGCUCCAGCUCCAAGAUCCCCUCCCUCCCCGACGAUAGCUUCGGCGCCGCCGUCGCCUCUCCCGAAUCGGCGAAGAAGGCGAGGGCGCACCGGUGCCCGAUCUGCGACAAGGUUUUCGGCUCGGGCCAAGCUUUGGGUGGCCACAAGAGGUCUCACUUGAUGGCGAGUUCAAGCGAUCGGAGAGUGAGGAUCUGUUCCGUCGAUGAUGAGAGCCGUGAUCUGCUCGAUCUCAACCUCCCUGCUCCGGUCGAUGACGACGACGACGACGACGACGACGACGACGAAGAUUCUAGCAAUGUGAAUGAGAAUGUUGAGUACAAGUCAUGGUGGGUUGAAGGAGAGCACAAGCAUGGGAGCUUAGUGGGCUUCAUCUGAAACUGUGUGGAGUUCAAUUAAUUCAACAUAAUUGAUGAUGCAGUUCCAUUCAAUUCAUUCUUUUUCUUUUUUUCUCUUUAACUUCUCCUUUUUACUCUGCAUGAUGACUCUCUCUUUUAGUUGAUUGAAGUGCUGUAGAUGCUAUGCAGUAGUUGAGCCUGCUUACUAGUUGAUGAGUGGGUUAAUUAGCAUAGUUUUUGUAACUGUUACUUUUAAAAAUUGGUAACAAUGUUGUUGAA